GGUGUCCCCAUGGCGAUGCGGUGGCGGCUCUGUGUGUGCGGCCUGGGGAUCCUCCUCCUGCCACCGUGUUCUCCCUCUGAGAAGUUCUCCCUGGCUGACUCCCCACACCCCGUGGUGGGGGUAGUUGGCCAGGAUGUGGUGUUACCCUGCCAGCUCUCGCCCCCGGCCUGGCUGCCCAGCAUGGAUGUGCAGUGGAGGAAAACUGAACCAGGAUUUGUCCUGAUUCAUGAGUACUCGGAUGAGGGUACCCAGGACCUGCCUGGGGAGGGUUACCAGUCCCAGACAGAGCUGUUCCCACAGGAGUUCAGCAGUGGGAAUGUCUCCCUGAAGCUGAAGCGGCUCCAAGUGGUGGAUGCUGGGACAUACCAGUGCCUUGUGAGGAACCCAGAAUGGACCCAGGAAGCCACCACUGAGCUACGGGUCGCAGCAGUGGCUCCAGUGUUCAUUGAUGUCCUGGGCCCCCGGGGUCAGGGGAUUGGCCUGGUCUGUAGAUCCACAGGCUGGUUCCCCAAACCCGAACUCCAGUGGGUUGGAAAGAACUGGCAGAACCUGGCGAUGGAGAUUGUGACCGACGUGACUCAGGACAGGGAGAACCUGUACAGGGUUGUGAGUCACGUCGCUGUCACGGAAGGAGAAGACAAUGGAGACAUCAGCUGCAUAGUGCAGAAUGGCCUGCUGCAGACCGAGCGACAAUCAGCCAUUCACCUCUCAGGUGACAUCUUCCCCCGUGUUUCUCCCUGGCUGGCUGCAUUCUGGGUAUUGUUCACUCUGGUUCUCAUUGCUGCUGGAGCUUGUGCAUAUCUUGGAUUCGCAGUGAAGCGAAAGGCCUCUCAGAAGAAACGCUCUAAAGAAGAGGCUCUGUUAAAUCUUGACACUGCAAAGAAGACCUUGGAAUCAGAAUGCCAGGAGCUGCGUGAGACGCUUGAUGCUGAGAGGAAGGCCUUUGAAUCAGAACGCCAGGAGCUGCGUGAGACGCUUGGUGCUGAGAGGAAGGCCUUUGAAUCAGAACGCCAGGAGCUGCGUGAGACGCUUGGUGCUGAGAGGAAGGCCUUUGAAUCAGAGUGCCAGAAACUGCGUGAAACAAUUGAACGCCAGGAGCUGCGUGAGACGCUUGCAUCUCAGAAGAAGGGUUGGUUCUUCAGUUAGUGUCCCUGCGGGUUCUCCACUCUAGACAAGGUGGUCACAGAGCGAGGUUUCAGGCAAACUCGGAGCUACAUGGGUCCCAUCACCCUGAGCUGGGUUGGAAACACACUGAGUUCGCCAUGUCUGAGGAUGGCAGAAAAGUCCAACACAAACCCCAGGUCUGAAACCGCAUCUGCCAAACCCUCUCAUGGGGCAAAGGGAAUCACGCAGAGAAAAACACUCAGAAUUUGACUCCGAAGGGGAUCUCUAGGUCUGACUCUUGUUCCAGGGAUACCAGGGCCAGGAAAUACGAUGGAGGUAUUGGAGCCAAAUGUCGACACCUUGGAAAGAACCUCGCCCCACAGGGAACGUGGGGAAAUGGCAACACAUCAGAUGUUUCCUUCCUCCUAACUUAAAGGAAAACUGCAGCAAUUCGUGAUAAUGCUUUGACCCACCCCCAGUUACAUUGGAAUGGGCUAAUUGGAGGGAACUGAGGUAACAAGACUGUUAAAUGUAGGAAAUUCAAUACACACAGGUUGGGGGAUGCAGAGGGGAAGGGUCUCGUAGUGGCACUGACUUACUCCCAUGGCAGAGACACACACAGGCUUCUCCUGCCAGCCUCAGGCCGUGCAAGUGGGUGACAAGAUGGGUCACUCUGUGUAUCAGACUGGGUUGUGAUAGCCUCACACUGAGCAGCACCCCGAGGGCUGAACCCACCCACCCCCAACUGCCAGAGCCCUCCCCUGGGCUCUAGCAGGGCUGGCUGGGCUCACAGGGGAGCAAGGAUGAUGGACAAUGCUGCAGAAGCUUCUCGUGGAACAAGGACGGGUGGAAGUUCAGAUGCGGUUGGAAAUUGUAGCGAGGGGGUUGGAGUGCAGGAGGGGAACAGACUGCCAGCUGCAGCAUUGCCAAGUCUCAUGGUUUUUGCUGUUUCCCUUAAAGCCCCAGCUCCGGGAGUCCUGGGAUUGUGGGAGCUUUAGUUUAAAACAAAUAAAAAGUAAGUUUCUAGCCUA